AUGCCGAAAAAAACGAUCAAAUGGGGCUAUAAAGUUUGGAUGAAGUGUGCUGAAUCUGGUUACUGUCUCAAUUUUCAAUUAUAUACAGACAAACAAGAACACAAUGUAGAAAAAGAUUUGGGUGCGACAAUAGUAAAGCGAUUAUGUAUAGAUCUCAAAGGCAAAUAUCACAGAGUGUACUUUGAUAAGUAUUUUAACAGUUACAAAUUGCAGAUUGAUUUACUCAACGACAAAAUCUUGGCUUGUGGUACUGUAAAUGCUACUAGAAAACAUUUACCUACACUCAAAGAAGAUACUAAGUUAGAAAGGGGUGAACAUGACUAUCGAGUCAGUGACACUAAUGUGACUGUGAUGAAGUGGAAAGACAAGAGGGUAGUCCACCUUUUAUCAAACUACCACGACCUACGAAAUGUCAGUACUUUUAUUCGCAAAGAGCGUAAUAGUGACUCAAACCAGAUAGCUUGCCCUGAAGUUGUAAAGGAUUACAACGCAAAUAUGAACCUUGUAGACAAGUUUGACCAACUCAAAAGCUGUUAUGCCAUUGAAAGAAAGUCUCGUAAAUGGUGGCAUAGAAUAUUCUUUCAUUUCGUGGACUGCGCGUUGGUAAAUUCUUUUGUUAUUUAA